AUGAUGCUGCUGCUGCUGCUUGCGCCACCGACCCCCGUGUCGUCGCCGGAGCAGCACGCGCGCAGCUGGCGCAACAUCGUGAGCAGGAAGGUUCGCUUCCCCAUCGCCCUGCAAGCGGCCAUCCGCGACGGGAACGUGGCGCGCGUCUACGACAUCCUGGGGGCCGCCGAGAGGGAGGGGGGGUCGCGGCGGAGCGGGGGGCCACCGAACCCGCGGCAGGCGGACGAGCAGGAGGACCGCUCGUGGAGGGAGGCGCUGAACCUGGCGAUCCGCAUGGGCAGCGACGAGGUGCUGGGCGCUCUGCUGCGCUGCGUGCGCUUCGACUUCCGGCAGAUCCACGAGGCCCUCCUCGUCGCCGUGGACACCAACCAGCAGCAGGUCGUGACCCUGCUGCUCGACCGCCUGGACAACGACAAGGCGCUGGGCCACAACAAGAUGGACAUCCGCUCCUUCUCGCUCGCCAUCUUCGACCACUCGAUGGACAGCUCGCGCUACCCGCCCGGCGUCACGCCGCUCACGCUCGCCUCGCAGGACAACCUCUUCGACAUCGUCGAGGUGCUGCUCAAGAAGGGGCACGCCAUCCAGCGCCCGCACAACAUCUCCUGCAGCUGCCUCGAGUGCCAGAACGGGCGGCAGUACGACACGCUCAAGUUCUCGCUGUCGCGCAUCAACACGUACCGCGGCCUCGCCGGGCGGCCGUACCUGUGCCUCGCGAGCGGCGACGCCAUCCUCGGCGCCUUCGAGUUGAGCCGCGAGCCGCGGCUCGCCAGGCAGGAGCCCGAGUUCAAGGCGGAGUACAUGGAGCUGGACCGGCAGUGCGAGGAGUUCGCCGUGGAGCUGCUCGCCAUGUGUCAGAACCAGCGCGAGGUGGACUCGCUGCUCAACGACGCGCCCCCGCACGGCGACGAGGAGUUGGCGCACGGCGCCUUCGAGGAGGGCAUCCCCAGCCUGGGCCGCCUGCGCCUCGCCGUGUCGCACCAACAGAAGCUGUUCGUGUCGCACCCGGUGUGCCAGCAGGUCCUCACCUCCAUCUGGUGCUCGGGCAUGCCCAGCUGGAGGGGCAGCCACGCCGCAGUCAAGGCGGGCACCUGCCUGGGCAUCUUCCUGGGCAUGCCGCUGCUCGCCAUCAUCUACUGGAUCGCGCCCAAGUCCAGGUUGGGGAACCUGCUGCGCACGCCGCUGCUCAAGUUUCUCAUGCACUCGGCCUCCUACCUCUGGUUCCUCUUCUUCCUGCUCGUCGAGUCCAUCAUGAUGGACAGCUCCAGCGACAUCGUGUCCACACGCAACCAGCUCUCAUACAGCUCCUUCCACAUGGUCUGGGUGGCAGGCUUCCUGUGGUACGAGUGCAAGGAGGUGUGGAUCGAGGGCCUGCGCGUGUACCUGUCGGACUGGUGGAACUGUCUGGACCUGGCCAUGAUCAGCAUGUACAUCUCCUCCUUCACGCUGCGCCUGCUCGUGCGCUGGAGCGGGGAGCUGGCGUGCGGCCGGGACCCGCUCUCGGCCGAGUGCGCGUACUUCACCACGGCCGAGCGCGGGCAGUGGCAAAAAGACGACCCCCAGAUCAUCGCCGAGGUGGUGUUCGCCAUCACGAGCGCGCUCAGCUUCACGCGCCUCGCCUUCAUCCUCCCCGCGCACGAGUCGCUCGGCACGCUGCAGAUCUCCAUCGGCAAGAUCCUCGGGGAUAUCUUCCGGUUCAUGUUCCUGGUGAUGAUCAUCGGCACGGCGUUCCUGUGCGGCAUCAACAACCUCUACGUGCACUACACGUUCAACAAGUUGGGCCGGUGA